AUGGCAGUAGAAAUCUCUGUCUGUUUACUGUUGUUUCUUCUAUUGAAAGAUGGCAUUUAUGGAGGGGUCACUCGACUCAAGUAUCAUUUAGCUAAGGUUAGUGGUCAUGAUGUUGCCUCUUGUGAGAAAGUAUCAGAUGAUGUCCAAGCAGAAGCUUUUCUUGCUAUUAAUUCUGAAUCAAGUAGCAAAAAGCGGAAGAGUUGUACCAGUGGUGAGAGUAUAGUUGGUUCUUCUCCUUUAGCUAUAACUAGUCAAAGGCAGUCCACAAUGGAGGAAAUGAUCCCUAAGAUGGACAAAUCAACUUGGGAGAAAUCUCUUCGUGAUCUUUUUAUUAAAAAUAACAUUUCUUUCAAUGUUGUUCAAUCGGAUGCUUUCAUCAAUUUUGUGAAGUGCACAGCCCGUUAUGGUCCUAGUGUUCCUAUUCCAAGUUAUGGAACCCUUCGUGGAAGAAUAAUUCCUGAAGCAAGAAAGGACCUUGAAAAAUAUGCUGAAGAAGUAAAAUUUUCUUGGAAGCAAACUGGUUGUACAUUCAUGUCUGAUUCAUGGACUGACUUGAAGAAGCGGUAUUUUCUUAAUGUGAUUGCUUAUUCCCCAGGUGGUGCUCUCUUUUUGAAGUCAGAGGAGUGUUCUCAUGCUAAAUUGACUGCUUUUUAUAUAUUUGAUAUUCUUGAGAAAGAGAUUGAAAGUAUUGGCCCAAAUUUAGUGGUUCAGCUCAUUUCAGACAAUGCAUCCAAUUAUUCAAGUGCACUUGAUAUGCUUACUGGAAAGUAUCGUUGGUUGUUUAAGACUCGAUGUGCAGCCCAUGGUAUCAAUCUAAUGUUGAAGGAUAUCUAUGAAAAGGUUUUUUGGGUUCAAGAAAUUUUUGAUGAGUCCAAAAGAAUUAUUGACUACUUGUACAAGUCAAUAAUUGUCUUACAGUUGAUGAGGAGUUUCACAAAGAAGGAUCUAAAAUAUCCUUGCAAAACUAGAUUUGCUUCAAACUUUUUAAUGCUUCAGUCAAUUGUUGAAGUGGAAGAGAAGCUUAGACUCCUAGUUGCAUCAGCUGAGUGGAGGAGUCUAAGAAAUUCGAGAUCUUUAGAAGCAGAACGAGUAGUGGACACCAUUCAAAGGGAGUCGUUUUGGAAUGAUUCAAAAGAGAUUUUGAGAUUUAUGGAACCAAUCAUUCGAGUUCUCCAUUUGGUUGAUGAUGAUGGAGCUACAUCAGGGUAUUUGUAUGAAGCAAUGGAAAGAGCAAGAGAGGUAUUGGAGAAGCAUUAUGAGAAAAACCACCGAUUCCUCAAAUGA